GAGUGCGUGUGAGGAAAGAAAGAGGCUGACAGAAAGGCAGAAGAAGAGAGAGGCAUUUUCUAAGGAAUGAUGAUGAAUCGACAGAGGAAUGCGGUGCCAUGCAUGUUUGGGCAGGGGGCCGACUGGGGCUGCCGGACUGGGGUGUCUGAUGAGGAUUGCAUGGGGAGACAGAGACGCUUGUCCUGAAGGCACGUGGAACGAACUCUGUGGCAUGUGCCGACAUAAAUUGGAUUGCCAGCUGACCCUAAAUGCCUCCAGAACUCAAACCUACUAACCGUUAUGUAGCUAAUGAGACCACCCUUCAUGACAUUUCAAGGGGAUGAGGAGUGAGGCUCAACACAGAGAUGCUUUUGUCCAGGAGCGCUAUGGACAGUAUGACCUCAGCGAUCCAUUCCUGGCCCUGCAGCGGGACAACGAUAGCGUGGAGCGCCAGGACACACUCACCCAACCUCACACGCAUCUGCAAGGCCGGGCAGUGGGCCCAAACCCUCUGGCUGUGCUUAAACUGGUCAUGGCUCACUGCAAAAGGAUGCAGGAGAGGAUGAUGGGACAGCUAGCUGCUGCUGAGAGCAGACACAGGAGGAUGAUCGAUGAUCUGGAGAAGGAGAAACAACGACAUGCCCAGGACUCUGUGCAGCGGGCUGAUUUCACCUUUUUGCUCCAGACAGAAAGAGAUAAGCUGCUGCAACAGUUGGAGGUGGAGCGUGCAACAGUGCAGAGGUUAGAGAAGGAACAAGCACAAGUGGUGAGCAAAGUGGAGGAGUCGCUCUCGCAGCAGCAGCAGCUCUCCUCAACGCUGACGCUGGAGCUCCAGAAAGCCAGCACCCAGGCUCAGGAGGAGGCUCAGAAGGUCUCCCAGCUUCACACGUUGCUGCAAGAGGAGACCAGUGCCUUGGAGAAGCUCCAGGCAGUUCUUGAAAGCGAGAAGAGCAGGGCAGCUCAGCUAGAGGCCGAGUCUGAGCGGCAACUGACUGAGUUUGAUACAGAACGAGAGCAGAUGAAAGCCAGGCUCAGCAAAGAGGAGGAAAGGAGUAGGGAGCUUGAAAGACAGGUAGGGGAACUCAGGAAGAGGUUGGCUGAGACUGAAGGAUGUAAAGUAGAGGUAAAGGAGCCUGUAACAGAGGUGAAGGAGUCUAAGAUGAUGGUGGUGUCCACUUCUGUUCAGACUGAGCCGGAUGGAAAGGUGUCUGCCGCUCCUAAAUCCACCUCACUGCCAAAGGUCAAUGGGCAUCAUAAUCUAAAGGAGACAGAACCAACACAGGAAGGGAGAGGAGCAGAAAAUGGAGGAGUAGAAAAUGGUGGAGGAGCACUUUUGCAUUCGCCUCUUCACCCUCUUCCUCACCCUCAUCCUCACUCUCCCUCCAGCACAGCCUCCUCUUCCCUCUCCUCUUCCCCUAUUUCCUCCCCUGUCCUGGCAAAGCGUCUGGGCAGCCCAGGCUUCCAUCAGUCCUCCUACCAAGCUGGAGUGAACCAGCGGUUCCAGGCUGCCAGGCACAAGUUCCAAAGUCAGGCCGAGCUGGAACAGCAGCAGCACGGUGGCCCUCUUUCCCCCAGGGAUCUCUCCCCCACCACCUCCUCCAUCCCUCCCCCUCCAGAGCAUAGCACAGCCAAGCAGCUGGCCCGCAACACUGUCACCCAGGUGUUGUCCCGCUUUACAAGCCAGCAGGCCGGAGUCAAGCUGUCGCCAAUCAGCAGCUCACCGUUUGGUACAGACUACCGCAAUCUAGCAGCAUCUCCUCCAGGGUCGAGGUCGCCUUCUUCAGGCCCUCUGUCUCCAGGCAUCCGCUCACCCCUCACUCCUCGCUCAGAGAAGACCAAUCCUCCUCCAAUUCCUCCCAAGAGGCCAGGCAUGAGUCCAACUCCAGGCUCCCCAAGUCACUCUGCUCGGACCAGCCUCUUCCCAGAGCUGACGGGCAACUGUGGACAAAGCACCAGCGGACAAGAGGGAGCAAAGGAAUCCGACCUGGUUUUAUCCUCUAGUAGCUAACAACCAGCUCAUACAGACUAACUGCUAAACAAGUCAGGGCUAAAUCAGCAGUUACUGUAAUAUGUAUCUACGCUCGCCCUUGCAAACCCACUUCAUAGCACUCAAAAUCUAGACACUUCAAAGCUGCACUGGUUUAAACAGAUGCAGUUUGCUGCACCCCUACCUCCAUAGCACAAUCUGAGAAACAAUUGGAAAAGGCCUAUUAGAAAUGAAACACAGUAUCUUAUAGAUUAUUUUACUGGAUUUUAUGUUUUUUAUGUCUGUUUCUUUUGCUGAAUCAUUGUGAGUUUAAAAAUUUACAAUGAAAAAGUAUCUAUUAUUUUCUGUAACCCAUUUUGAAAAAAGGAACGUCAGUGGGAUUUCGUCGUACAGCACUGCGUUUCUUUUUUCUCUGACUCUAAAACUGCCAAUCCUGCUACAAUCAAAAACAAAACUGUAAAGCAUGUAGAAGGGCUAAAAUAUCUGGAUGUGGAGCAAAUGUGUAGCUACUGUAUCAUCAUUUUAUAAUAGGAAGUAGUUUUUAAAUGUUUUCACAACACAUUCUUAUGCAGUUUCUAUAGAGAUGUUCCACAAUAUUAUAUUGUAAAUAUGUUAAAGAAUUCAGUUAAUUCUUUAUGAAUGAACAUCACCUGCAUGUACUGUGUUUUUUCUACUAUACUUGAGUCUUGUCUGAGUCUUGUCUUGAAAAGGGAGAGCACACUUUGCACUGUAUUACUGUAUUUCUACAUUUCAGUUUUUUUUUUUUUAUUCAGGGAAGAUUGAUUUCUGCUUCAAACAAACCAAGAAGGACAAUAUGUCAUGCUUAUGUGACAACUCUUUCAGAUAUUAGAAGAUAAUGGACAUCUUGCUACUGUAAUUAUCAUAUAGUAUGUGUCAAAUUAUUUACAUAGGAUUGUCUUAUCCUAACAGUGAUACACAUCAGAUGAUUGUUUUAGGUUUUUACCGUUUUUAUGUCUGGUUUUGGCUUUAAAACCAAUAUUUUUCGCCAAUCUAUUUAUACCUGUAGAUGUAUGCACUGCUGUCUGUGAGGGUUUCUCGGCUGUCUCUAGUAAAUAAGCUUAUCAUGAACACCCGCAACAUUUAGCGCUUUUUUUAAAUAAACUGUCCCCAUUUUAAA